UGAUAUAGCUGACCUCAAAAAUAAUUAAAAAUCACAACUUAGUUUCACGCUACAAGACAAAAACAGGGUAGAUCUCCAUGUGCAUUUUAAUCCAACGGCGACUGUAGCAAUAUCAAGUUCUUCUGGGGAUUCUUUCUUUUGUUGCAUAUUCUCUUUCAGUAAAAAAAGCAAACACCUUCAGAGCAUUCCACUCUAUAGCCUUCUAGCGUUGCAGAGGAGGAAAAAGAAGAAAUUAGUGGUAUAGCUAGGAAUCUCAAAAGGGGUUUGUCAAGGAUACGAGGAAGAUAACAUGGAAGGAAUCAAAGGAGGUGGUGGUGGCGGUGGAGACGACAUGGGAGAUGGAAUGCAAUGCAGUGAUCAUCCUCAUAGAAACAACCCAGGUGGGAUCUGCGCAUUCUGUCUUCAAGAAAAGCUUGGCAAGCUUGUUUCGUCUUCAUUUCCUUUACCUGUUCGUGGGUUUUCUUCUUCGUCCUCCUCUCCUUCUUUUACGUCUGAUAUUGGAAGAAGUAGUGCUAGCAUUGCUGGUACUACUGAAACUUCUUCGGUUUCACUUGCAAUGCGUCCCACGUCAAGAGUCCACCAAGAGUUCUAUGCAAGGCGAACCAGCAUUCCAUUUAUUUUAGCGAAGAAGAAGAAGAAAAAUAUGACUGUGUCAUCGCAAUCUGAUCGUGACAUUGUUUUCAAAAGAAGCAAAUCCACUACAACCCCAGGAAGGAACUGUAAUUUAUUGGGUACUGAUGACGGAGACUACCUCAGCCCAAGAAAACGAACUGGGUUUUGGUCAUUUCUGUAUAAAUCCAACAGUGGUAAGAAAACAGGGAAGAUUACAUCAUUUACUGCAGCAACAGCAGUAACAACGCCAGCAGCGUCUGCAGGGAAGACAAAAGAAUGGUGCUUGGGUUCUUCAUUGUCAAACAGAGGUGCUAAUAAUCACAAUAUUGUGGUGGAGGAUGAUGACGAAUUUAGCCCCAAUAGCCAAGCCACUGCCUCUGCUUCAUCGUUUGAAAGAAAAGUUUCAAGAUCCAGAUCUGUUGGCUGUGGUAGCCGGAGCUUCUCCGGUGACUUCUUUGAGAGAAUCUCAAUUGGGUUUGGUGAUUGCACACUCAAAAGAGUUGAAUCACAAAGAGAAGGCAAACCUAAGGUGACUUGCUCAUCCUCUUCUUCGUCUUAUUGGGUCUCAUCAUCAUCUGCUGAAGACAUGAAUCCUAAAUCAACAACUGCAGUGACAGCAGGGCCUCAUGUAAAUGUUCAUGGUAGAAAUAGGAGCUGGGUUUGGGCAUUUGCUAGUCCUAUGAGAGCUUUCAGUACUAAACCCUCUUCAAAGGAUGGGAAUAAGAGAAACAGCAACAUCAGAGAAGCUUCAAGUAAGAACACUAAACCGGAUUUGAAUGCCAUUCCUUCUUUGUUGGCUGUGAGAAUCUAAACGUUCAUCAUACACAUUACAUAACAUUUUACUUAUUAUUCACUCUGUUCAUUCCUCUAUGUUUGAUUAUCUUCAAUUUCUUGGUCUCGACUCUGUUGUGUUAUAGCUACAAUAUCUUUGCUAUCAUUUUAUUUUUCUUGGGUGAGAUAAAAAAAAAUUCAAUCUUGAAUGCAGAACCCACAUGAAGGAGAAGGGACUGUAUGUUUGACCAAGUAUUGAUUAGGAUCAUUGAGCUUUGGUGGGUUGUGUUUUUCUGUGUUGAAUCUCAAUCUAUUAUGUAUUCUUUAAUAUAUUUUUUUUGCAGAA